AUGGAAUCUCGAUCCAGACUUGCGCAAACCCUUCGUCGUCAGCCGCACCCCGAAGUCUCAUUGGCCUGUCUUGUGCGUCCGCCCUGCUUAUUCCCCAUCAUCGGCUGGUACCGUUUCUUCACCCCCGCUGGAUCGUGGUACUUUUGUCUUGCCACCUCCCUCUUUCUCGCUUUCUUGCCUCUGGCCUCCUUGAAGGACACCGACACAUCUAUUGAUGUGACCUGGGACAAGCCCGCUCGCGGAGACACGUACGGCCCAGGGGAUACUCUCGUCGGACAAUGGAGCGCCGACAAGUCUGUCGUAUCUCCGUCUUUCAGGUUGUGUACGGUGGAUGAAUAUGUAGACGACGAGACGGAUGACGACGACGACGACGUCAGAAACGAUUUGGAGACGGACGACGACGAUACGUGCGGGCAAGCCAUUUGGCCGACGGUGCGGCAAGUCGAGGACGGUUCAUGGAAGAUCCAUAUGACCCUGCCAAACACCAACACCACCCCAUCGCAGUGCUUCAUCGAGAUGGUGGACGACUUUGGAGAUAAGGCAAUGUCGCCUGUCUUUUCCUUCGGACACCCCGCCUCGGAGCCGGCCUCAUCGUCAUCUUCGCCCAAAAAGCCUGGUGCUUCCAACAGCCACGACGAAGACUCUGCCGACUCUCCACGCACCAGCCCCUCUCCCACAUCUUCUCCCCACACGUCGUCGUCUCCCCUCCCUCCUCCUCUCCCUCCAGACCCGUCCGAGUCCAAGGCCCCUGCGCCCGUUGCGGCGUAUGCCGUGCCGCUUUCCCUCGUCGGCGCCGUCAUCAUCGCCGCCGCUGGCACGUACCUCUACCGCCGCCGCCAGUCCGCGAGGGAGCAAGCGCAAGCGCAGCAGGCCGCGCGCAUCCCGCCUUCGCGCCAGUCCUCGCUCAGUUUCGCGGGCUUCCUCGCCCUCGGGCGCGGCCCGACCGCGAGCUCGUCGUCCUCUCCCCGCUCGGAUUCGCCCCCUGGACGCCGCCCGCCUGGAAGCUCGAGGUCGAGCGCGACGCGCGUGGACGCGGCGCACGCAAACGUUUCGCGGCACGCCAAGCGCGGCUUCGGGCUCUCUGCGGGCGAGUCCGACUAUCGCCGCGCAGACCGACACGCCGACGCCGACGGCGCAGGGCCGCGCCGCUCGUACCGCGAGCUCCGCGACGACGACUCGACGACGUGCCGCCCGGGCGUCAGCUUCGCCUCGCCCCCGCCCCACCACCCCCGGCGGCCGACCCGCGAGCCGUUCUUUGGCGACGAGGACGAGGACGGCCGCCGCCGCCGAGGCCCGUACGACCGCCCGCCUCCCCGCGCCGCGCCUGUGGACCGGCGCCCCCCCACCCCCAGCGAGGGGCUCGAGCCCUCGCGCAGCGUCUCCGUCGCCAGGGACCGUGAGCGCGGGCGCGCGGGACCCUUGCAGGCGAGCGCGAGCGUGACCGACGCGGUGAUGGGCAGCUACUUCGACGGCCUCUCCCCCGUGCCCCUGUCGCCCGCCUCGGCGCCGGCGCGGCGCGCGGCGUGGGACGUCGCGCGCCCGGAGCAGCUCUACGUGCGCCGCGGGGCGGCGGCUGAGCCCCCCAAGGAGGCGGGUCUGUAUGAGGCGGUCGCGCGCAGGCUGUCGUCGUACCGGCAGCAGCCGCGCAGGUGA